AAUCUCUUUCUCAUACUACCUUUGUCAUCUUCUUCUUCCACCCAUUUCUUUUAGGGUUUCACUCAAACCCCAAACCAAACAAAAACCCUAGCUCUGCGCGAAGCUUGUUGAGCAUACCUAACUCAUUGAUCGGAUAAACAAUCAUUACUUCACUCAAUCACAGCUGCCAUGGCUGAAGAAGCAGGAAUGUUUAUGGUUAAUCAAACCAUAGGCAGUGUUCUAUGUUGUAAGUGUGGUAUUCCUAUGGUACCAAAUGCUGCAAAUAUGUGUGUGAAAUGUUUACGUUCUGAAGUUGAUAUUACAGAAGGGUUACAAAAACAUGUUAUUAUUGUUCAUUGUCCUGAGUGUGAUACCUAUUUACAACCACCAAGAACAUGGAUUAAGGCCCAACUUGAAUCCAAAGAACUCUUGACUUUUUGUGUUAAGAGAUUGAAGAAUUUGAAUAAGGUUACAUUGGCUCAUGCUGAGUUUAUCUGGACCGAACCGCAUUCGAAAAGGAUUAAGGUUAAGCUGAAAGUAAGGAAGGAAGUUCUUAAUGGAGCUGUACUUGAACAAUCUUACAUUGUUGAGUUUGUUCAACAAGAACACAUGUGUGAAUCUUGUACUAGGGUUCAGGCGAAUCCCGAUCAAUGGAUAGCUGCUGUUCAACUUCGCCAACAUGUUACUCAUAGAAGAACUUUCUUUUACUUAGAACAGAUGAUUUUGAAACAUGGUGCUGCUGCUACAGCUAUAAAGAUUAAGCAAAUGGAUCAAGGGAUUGAUUUCUUUUUCUCUAACCGAAGCCACGGUGUGAAAUUCGUUGAGUUUAUUGGGAAAGUUGCUCCUGUUAGGAGUAGACAUGAUAAACAACUUGUCUCUCAUGAUAUUAAGAGUAAUAACUACAAUUAUAAGUAUACAUUUUCUGUUGAGAUAUCUCCUGUUUGCCGUGAGGAUUUGAUUUGUUUGCCUCCUAAAGUAGCGGUGAGCCUUGGAAAUCUCGGUCCUUUGGUGAUUUGUACUAAAGUGACUAACAGCAUUGCUUUACUCGACCCGCUUACUCUUAGGCAUUGUUAUCUGGAUGCUGAUCAAUAUUGGAGAUCAUCUUUCAAAUCGCUUCUUACUAGUAGGCAGCUUGUGGAGUACAUUAUUCUAGAUGUCGAGAUUGUUAAACCCGAAAUUAGUCUUGGUGGAUACACUCUAGCUGAUGCUCAAGUUGCUCGUGUGUCUGAUUUUGGAAGGAAUGAUACUAUUUUCAACAUAAGAACACAUCUCGGUCAUCUUCUAAACCCGGGGGAUCAAGCUCUCGGUUAUGAUUUGUAUGCAGCUAACAGCAAUGACAUGGAGUUGGAUAAGUACAGGGGUCUAGUCCUUCCUGAUGCAAUAUUAGUAAAGAAGAGUUACGAAGAGAAACGCCAAAGGAAGCGUGGGAAGCCUCGUUCGUGGAAGCUUAAGUCACUCAACAUGGAGAUUGAUGACAGAAUUAACAAAGGCGAUUUAGAGAAGACGAACACAGAGUACGAACAGUUCUUGAAAGAUUUAGAGGAGAAUCCCGAUAUGAGGUUCAAUAUAUCUUUGUACCGUAACAAAGAAUACCAGCCAUCGGAGAUUGCAUCCACAGUCGACGGAGAAGAUUUGCCAUCUAUUCCAUUGGAGGAAAUGCUAGCUGAUCUUGAUCUUAGUGAAGAUGAAGAUGGAGAUAGUCACAUGGAGUGAUUUCUUUUGCAUAUUUAAAGGGAAACAUAAACUGAAUAUAAAGCUUAUUUUGAUAAGUAGAAGAAAGCUAUUGAUUUUGUUUGUUUGUUUUUCUUUUUGUUUUUUUUGGGCCAUUUUAUGUACUUUUGUCAUUGUUAUGAUUUGUGUGUUUUAUCAAAAUUUAUAUAGAAAACAUAAGCAAGUAUUAUACUAGCUUCUUUUUGCA